AAAACUACUUUUAUGAAACUAUGACAAGCAAUGAAAUUAUGUUAAAUUCAAUGAUAAAUAAAUCAACAACAAUGAAACAACAUACUAGACGCAGUUUUCACUUGAGCGAAACAAUCGAGGAGGAAGAGUCACCACCGGCACAUGAAAAUGUUCCGCAUUUGAAACGUAACACACCCAUACUCUUCUCCACCAAUCGAGGACUACAUUUAAGAACGACAACAACUAAUACAACACUAACACCCCACACAGAAACUUCAAUGGCUAGUAAUUGUACAAGUACAUCUCUGUUAAAUUCCAUCUAUAAUAUGUCGUUUUGUGAUUUAGAAAGAUGGAGCACGAAUCGCGCUAAUACUAUAAGUUUGGAAGAUACCUUCACCAUACCCAAACCGGCUUUUGUACCCUCAUCUGCUGCCUCGGGUUCUCUGGCCUCUAACAGUUUACGAUUUUUACCCCAUAAGUCCACAUCAGUACGUUUUAAUGGCUACUCACGAUUUGAUGUGGAAUAAUAAUUGCUGUUGUAAAAUUUACUUACAAGUUAAGGGGUUACUUACUUACGUUGAGCAAAUAUUUGAUAUAAUAAGCGUCUACC